AUUGUCAAGGGUAAACCAGAGGCUCAUUUCUCCCUGGUUCACUACGCUGGCACUGUUGACUACAACAUCUCAAACUGGCUGGUGAAGAACAAGGACCCUCUCAAUGAGACGGUUGUUGGGUUGUUCCAGAAGUCAACUCUUAAGCUGUUGUCUAUUCUGUUUGCUAAUUAUGCUGGUUCUGAUGCAGAUGCUGGAGGUAAGGGUGCUAAAGGUGGUAGCAAAAAGAAGGGUUCUUCAUUCCAGACAGUGUCAGCCCUCCAUAGGGAGAACCUGAACAAGCUGAUGACCAACUUGAG